AUGGUCCAUCGAGAAUCUGAUGAGAGGAACGUAUUCGACUACGGUUCGGUUUCUGACGUAGAUGUAGACGUAGACGAAGACGUAGAUGGCGAAGAUGAUUUCAUGGAAUGUGAAACAGUUGAGAUUGAACGUAAUCGAGGAUGCGAUAACAGUAAAAUGGUCAUUCCCACAUCCGAUGCAGGACCCAAAAAAUACUUCUGCAAGUAUUGCAAAGAGCGGACUCUAAAGUUGGAGCGCCACCUGCGAACUCAUCACAGCAACGAACCAGACGUAAAGAAAUACUUGGCUUUUCCUCCUCGCUCAGCUUCUCGUCGAAAGAUCAUACUCAAAAUACUAAAACAAGGAGAGUUUAAAUGGAACAAUGACGAAAAGCUAAAUGGUGGUGAAUAUGCUGUCAGACGGCGGCAGAAUAAAAAAUUUAAGAAGAAUCCUUGGGACAUGAUAACGUGUAUUGGAUGCUUGGGAGCGUACAGUAAGUCAUAUUUGAGACGCCACUGGAACAAAGAAUGUGCGAAAAAUCGAUUGAUUGGCGAGCGUGGCUUACAUCAGCUCGGUAGAGCUGUUGAAGGAAGAGUGCAUUCCAAUGCGUCUGACGAUUUAGUGGAUGUAUUUUCAAGCUUCACAGAAAACGAGAAUAUUCGAUACAUAAGACACGACUGGCUAGUGGUUUGCUAUGGAAAUGAUCUUUGCUUGAAUCAUUCUCCGCAUUACCAGCAAGGGUAUAUCCGUGGCAAGUUGACGGCCGCUGGAAAAGUCCUGCGUGCAUCCAAAUCGAUUUCGACGGAACUGACGGACAUGUCAUCUCUUUUUCACGUAAAACAUUGCAACACAGUGGUUGAGGCCAUUCGCAGCAUGGGAAAGUUCGAUCACAAGACAAAGAAAUUUGGAAGUCCAGCAACCGCUUCGACUACAGUAACGCUAAUCAAUGCAAUGGGUGAAUUACUUGUCAUCGAAACCAUGAAAUCGGACGACCCAGAAAAGGAGAGAGAUGUCGAACGUUUCUUGAAAGUGUUCAAGAAGGACGUAAAAACCAAAAUCAACAAACUAGUCGCUGUUACGAGACUAGAGAACAGACGUCACAAGAAGGAAAACAUUCCAACGACAGCUGAUGUAAACAAACUGGCAAAAUAUGUUGAUUCGGAACGAGAAGCUUGUUACUCACAAUUGCUUGAACAUUAUUCGUAUGGUGUUUGGUUGAAAUUGUGCCAGAUGACCAUGGUGUCAAUUUUAAUUUACAAUCGACGAAGAGCCGGAGAGAUGCAGAACCUCCUUAUGGAGGAUUUCGAACAGCGAGAGAUGGUUGCAGAUCAGUGCGAUAUGUUAUUAGCUGUUAUACCGGAGGAAGCGAAACGAAAGAUCAAAAGCCGUGUGACUGUCAGAAAUAAAUUAGGAAAAAAACUGGUUCCAGUCUUGUUGAAACAUCACUGGGACGAUUGUUUGCAGCUUAUUAUUCGUCAUCGUGAAGAAGCCGGUAUACCAGAAAACAACGAAUAUUUGUUCCCACUACCUACGCAGUUAGUUAGUUACAAGUCACCGGCAGUUAGUUACAAGUCACCGGCAGUUAGUUACAAGUCACCGGCAGUUAAUUACAAGUCAUCGGCAGUUAGUUACAAGUCACCUGCAGUUAAUUACAAGUCACCGGCGUCACCGGCAGUGAGUUACAAGUCACCGGCAGUUAAUUACAAAUCACCGGCAGUUAAUUACAAAUCACCGGCAGUUAGUUACAAGUCACCGGCAGUUAAUUACAAGUCUUCGGCAGUGAGUUACAAGUCAUCGGCGAUGAAUUACAAGUCACCGGCAAUUAAUUACAAGUCAUCGGCGAUGAGUUACUAG